AUGCUGCCGAUGACACCGAGUGCAGUACCCACAUUGCCAUCAGCUUUUGCUGCAUUUGCUGCUUCCCAGCUCCGAUCUCCGUUGGUUACACCAUCACCAUCUCUAGCACACAUCCUGCAAUCUCCACACUUCCAAAAUAUGCUUCAAUCGCAAGUUGCGGCAUUGCAAGCUCACCAAUUGGUUCAGAACAGUUUGGAACUGCCUUCCAAGUCGCCAAAAACGCCAACAAUCUAUCCAAGUGGACGGAAGAGAGUUGGCGGAUCAACUAUGAAAACUGCGAAAGUCUGGAGAUUUUUUGAUGAAUUGCCUACACCUGAACAAGCUGCGGAAUGUCGAAUUUGUCGAAAAAAAAUUAAAGCAACGAACAGCAGCACUACUGGAAUGAUUCGCCAUUUAAGGAGUUGUCAUGUUACAGAAUAUCAACUUGUUCAAGAAGCCCGACAGACUUGUAUGUUAAUGAAAAUGGAAGAAAAGGCUAAGGUUCAAAUGUUGAGAGAAAUGAACACAGAUGCUAUGAACAAUACGCGUCCCAUCACGAAAAAAAGUGACUCUGAACAGAAAAGUCCAUCAGCUUCAUCGUCUGCAUCAGACACAGCUUCUUCCACAACAUCGUCAGCAAUGUUCGCGCCGUUACCUCCAUUGCCUCCUCUGAUUGUUCCACAAGGCUUGCCUGCACCUAAGCCGGUUAAAGUAAUUCUCAAAAGUGAGAACGGAACAGAAAUUGAAGAUUCGAACGAGCAAGAUCAAACUACUACACUCUCUACGAAAUCUUCCGCAUUUGCUUCAAUCAAAUCUUCCCACAAAUCUAUUAGUGAUGAGGACGAUGAAUCAAAGAAACUAAACGCUCAGAUUGCCUUAAUGAUUUUGAUGGAUCAUCAAUCUCCAAAUAUUGUUGACAAGCCAGGUUUCCGUCAGCUAAUCAGAUUCCUGAAGCCAUCUCAUCAGCUGCCAUACUCGAACAGUUUCCAAAACGAACUCAUACCCGAAAUUCUUGCCCAGAUUCGGCAAUUCGGAGCUAUGAUGAUGCUGAAUAAUCCAAUUCCAAAUCCAUUUGAAACACUGACCAGCAUUCUUCCCCAAACAAACGAAAUUCAUAACAUGUCUUUCGGUUCAGAAUCCAGCAAAACCGAAGAAAAACGAGAAGAUGACAGUGAUUCUGCUUCUUCCGCUGACACAGAACAAGAUUUAUCGUCAAAAAUUGAUGUUUUGGCAAAUUAUUUGGGAACAAGCAUUCCUCAGGAAGAACUUUCCUCUUUGGUUUCUGUCUGUCAUAAUGUGUAUAACUAUUUCGAAGACCGACAGCAGCUAUUUUCUCAACUAUCAAUGGUUCGACCAUCAUCUGAACCUUCACAUCCAACGCUCCUGAAGGAGCUUCUUUUUGUGGCCUCAAAUUCGGAAGCCAUCAACAGUUAUAUCAGAUCGACACCCGAUAUGGAUAUUCUGCCAAUCUCAGAUUCUCAAAGACGUCUUCUCUCAGAAUUAUUGCCUAAACACUGUUGA